AAAGCAUUUGAUGAAGCAUAUUUUUUUGACGUGUUCAGGUAAGUUUUACUUUCGGCUGGCAAUCAACAGGAGAGGGCGAAGGAGAAGGGGCGCCAUGUCAUCAACUCGUUGGGCCAGAUGACAGAUGCCAAGAAAAAGUUGCCGCCAGUGGCUGACUGAAAACACGGCUACAUAUGCAUAUUUAUAUCGAAAGCAAUUUCACGCGCCUUUGCCUUUUCAUUCGAAACGAGAAACAUAAUGGAAUUCUCGGUUGCGAGGGGCGGCGGACUAACGAAACUAACGCGGAACUAACAGGGCCAAAACAACAAAUAUGCCUUGCAUUCCGUCGCCAAGAAGCGACGACAACCGAGGAUGCAUUUUGAACGCGACCCCACGAAAUCAAAGCAGGCGACGUCGAGUAGUUUGAUCGAUAAAAGUCAAACUCGAACUGUUAGGAGCGCCCCAACGUGGAGCUAAUCAGAACUCGCCCGAUGAGUAGUAAGUAGUAGGCAGUAGACUUCUAAACAGAACGGAAACGGCAAAGGAUACAAAGCGUUGCCUAAAAAAAUCACGGAUACGGACGGAACAAACGAAAGAAGGUUGACAUUAUGGAAGAGCUUCAGGAUGCCAGCAUCCAUCACAUGACCGCCAAGGUGAUUUCUGCCAUCAAGAACACCAAAUGCUAUGAGCCCUUGUUCAAGGAGCUGCAGCGACUGGUCUGUAAUCCCGCUGUGGAUACCCAUGACAUGCGCAACACCCUGGAGGACGCCAUCAAGGGUGCCGGCCUGGAGACGGAGAUUCGUAACAUUGUCUAUAAUCUGGUCCGCAGCCGUCUCACCAGACCCGAUGAGAAGACCCAGGCCAGCAAACAAAAUACGAAACCCACCGUUAGUGAUCCCCUUGGCUACUUGAAAAGGGCCGGAGUCCUAUGGGAUCGCAGAGUGCGAAAGAGUCUCAAUGCCAUGUGCACGGAACUAAAGGUUCCGCUGCAUGGCCAGCCCAGGAUCAGUGCCGACCGAGAGGACUUUAUGGCUAAGUGGAACGAGUUGAGCAACUACAAUAUGGAUUUGGCCAACUAUAGACCAGUGUACGCACCCAAGGACCUGUUGGAAGUGUUACUUUCCCUUAAAGGACCUGCUAAAACCACCGAACCCACAGACCACAUACCUUUAUGGGAAUUCUCACACAUAGCCCUUCCAGUAAAAAAUCUCUUCGAACUGAGGGCGCAUUAUGCCGAUCUUCUACGCAGUGAUAGUUACUUGGGUGUACCAGAUCUGACUAUUCAGUGCCAGCGUAUCCUUGAGGCCAGGCAUGCUCCGAUGUGUCAACAGUUUCUAAAGAAGGGCUGUACUCCAGCGCCCUAUCGGGGAGCCCUUUGGGCUUCUGUGUUGGACAGCAAGUUGCACGAUUAUGAUAUCGAAUACUGGCAAAAAUUGCGAAAUUCGGUGUGGACCACGGAUCACAUUGUGGACAAGCUGGUGUUCAAGGACAUUCAGCUGACCGCCUCCAACGACGACCAGUACUUUGUGUUUGAGGACGUGCUCUACCAGGUGCUGCUCUGUUUUUCCCGGGACACAGACAUCGGCGGCUGCGUGGAGUACGAAGCUUUUCCGGUCAAGGGCAAGACGUACGAGGGCCCGCCCUCUGGUGUGGUGCCAUUCCACGGCAUCUGCAUGUUCGCAGCCCCCUUCUGCUACUUGUACGACUCCCCAGUGAACCUCUACUAUACCUUCCGUGCCUUCUAUAUCCGCUACUGCCACCGCCUUACCACGAUCAACACGCAUCCGCAGGGCAUAGUCAGUUUGUGCCUGCUCUUUGAGAAGCUGCUUCAGACCUAUGAGCCACAGCUUUGGUCGCAUUUCCGAGAGCUCCAAAUCCAGCCCUUGCGUGUUGUCUUCAAGUGGCUAAUGCGCGCUUUUUCGGGGCAUCUGCCUCCCGACCAGCUGCUGAUACUUUGGGAUUUGAUCCUUGGCUUUGAUAGCCUAGAGAUCUUACCGCUCUUUGCAAUUAUAAUCCUUAGCUUCCGGAAGGAGAGCAUCAUGCAAGUGGCCUCGCUGGACAGCAUCGAAGCUAUUCUGGCGGAUCUCUCCUCCAUCAAGGUUCUGCCUUUGGUCCAGCUGGCCCUUAGCCGGGACUGAUGGAUACUCUGUUAUUUUUCGGUGGGUUUUAUCGUAGUAACAAAAUUAAAGUAUUAAAAUUGUCACAAAUGUAAAAUAUACUUCUUUAUUAAUAAAAAAAGAUCAACAUCAAAAUUGCUAAACUUUA